AUGGAAGCAGAAAGGAGGAAUCAGCAGAGUAAGCAAAAAAAGGGGAGAGUUCACAGCAGCCUCUUGCCUGAGAGAUACCCAGACGCUGGGACUCUGACCUCUACUGUGGAAAGGAGCACUCAGCCCUACAGGAGGCCCUCUGGUGUGGAAGUGGGGAGACCAAGGUUUUCCCAGCAAGGAGGACAGAGGGUUUGCCCACACUCCCGGCGCCGGCAUCGCACCACCUUCAGCCCGGUACAGUUGGAGCAGCUGGAGUCAGCCUUUGGGAGGAAUCAGUACCCUGAUAUCUGGGCCCGAGAGGGUCUCGCCCAGGACACAGGCCUCAGUGAAGCCAGGAUCCAGGUCUGGUUCCAGAACCGCAGAGCUAAGCAGCGGAAGCAAGAGCGGUCACUGCUCCAGCCAUUGGCCCAUCUGUCUCCUGCCACCUUCUCUAGUUUCUUGCCUGAGUCCUCUGCUUGCACCUACUCCUACCCAACACCACCUCCACCAGUAGCCUGCUUCCCUCAUCCCUAUAACCAGGCCCUUCCUGCCCAGCCCACCACAGGUGCUUCCUUUGCUCUACCACGCCAGUCCGAGGACUGGUACCCCACCUUGCACCCAACUCCCACUGGUCAUUUGUCCUGCCCCCCACCCCCACCCAUGCUUCCCCUAACUCUUGAGCCACCAAAGUCCUGGAACUAA